CAUCAUCUCUGCCUGCGUCUGACCGUUACACAACAACGUCUUGACGCCAGCGCGCCCUCUCUUUUCCCCCUCAAUAUUUACCCCAGCAGUGUACGAACAAUCAAACACAGUUUUUGAGGAUUCACAAUGGCUACUCAGUACGAAGUCGAACACAAUGUCAAGUUUUCUGAAGGCCGCCGCUCGGGCCGUCGUGUAGACAUGUCAUCAUUCUUCUCCCUCCUCGAUCAGAUCGCCGAACCUUCAGGCAACCAAACUCCUCAUCACAACCCACACGCCACGCCUACUCCCGUCGACACGGCUGCUCUCUUCCGCCUCCUCCAGGAACAGCUACACCACCUGCACACAACCGCUCCUACAGACGAUAACAGAGAAUUUCUCGAGUCUUUGAUUACCAACCUAGAAGAUGAUAUCAAUGAUCCUCCCACUCGCUUGCAUGGUGUUUCGCAAGAGUUUCUUGAUUCACUCGACCGUGUCAGUCGCAAAACCCUCAAGCAAGAUGACGACUGCGCCAUCUGCAAGGUGCCCUAUCUAGAAGACCAAUAUUGUCUUGUAGUUGAGCUCCCAUGCGAAGGAGGUCAUAGAUUUGAUCUCGAGUGCGUUGGACCCUGGUUGCGCAGCAAGGGAACUUGUCCCAUGUGCCGUCAAGACAUGGGGAAGAAGCAGGAGGUUCCUGUCGUGCAGGAUGACGAAGAGGAAGACGGCGAUAUGAUGUAUGCCUAGGCAUUGGCGCGUUAGUAAUGAUAUGCAUAGCCUGGCGUCGGGAGUUUGAGCCACUAUGGGCUUGAUGUUUUCACAACAUGAUGAAUGUAAAAUUGACCACAAUCUUGGC